AUAUUAUAUAUAUAUAUAUAUACCAUAUGAUCGAUCAAAAGCUUGCACAGUGUGUCCCAAAUCAAGUCUCUCUCUCAGUCUUUAGUCCUCCUCCUCCUCACCUUCUCUCACGCCACCAUGUCCGGCCCCUCAACUUUACUGGCAACAAACCUCCCUCAAGCUGUUCAAAACCCUAAUUUCACUUAUUCGACGAUGGAGGCUUACGAUCACGAUCAUUAUUAUCAUUAUCAAAAGUUUGAACCAUUUGAUUAUCAUGUCCCGUUUCUUGAUCCGAAGGAAGAUCAAACGGUCACUUUCACUGCAUCUCGACCGACCUCGGCCGUCACACAAGAAAUGAUCACUAGUACUGAAAGCUCAGUUAAUUCAAUCUGUGGCAUGCCAAGAACCAAUAAUCACAUGCAAGUAAAAUCUGGAAAAGGGUUGAAGAGAUCAGUUAAGAAUAUGGAUAAGGGAUUAAGGAUUGCUUUUCGUACCAAGUCUGAGGUUGAGGUCAUGGAUGAUGGAUUUAAAUGGAGAAAGUAUGGGAAGAAAAGGGUGAAAGAUAGCCCCAAUCUAAGGAAUUACUACAAAUGCUCAAACCAAGCAUGCAAAGUGAAGAAGAGAGUAGAAAGAGACAGAGAAGACUCGAGCUAUGUGAUAACCUCCUAUGAAGGAGUUCACAACCAUGAAAGCCCUUGUGUUGUAUAUUACAAUUAUGAAGUGCCGAUCAGUGAAUGGACGUUGCAACAUUCUCACACCUCCUCUUGAAGACUACAUACAUACAUAUAUAUAUAUAUAUAUAUAUGAAAUUAGAUUAGUUUAUAUUCUAUGAAAAUGUAAUGUUAGUUUCUUAUAUUUAGCUCCAUUGAAAGAAUUUGCUUCUUUUAU